AUGGAAUGUGAACAUGCUUUCAAAUCAAACGUGAGAAUUAUCGUUAGGCCAUUGAUUGACUUCUGGGGCUAUGGAUUUGGUGGUAAUGGAGGUAUUGACAUUUUUGGAAACCAUGAAGGGUAUUUAAUUCUAGUUCAAUGUAAGAACUAUACAACUGCAAAGGUUAGCGUCGAUGAAAUUAGGGCAUUUGAAGGAAUGAUGUUAAGAUAUCCCAAAAACACCACAAUAGGAAUUUAUGUGAUAUUUGUCAUGGAUGGAUACUCAAGACUUGCAAUUGAAAGAGCGGAAUCAUCUAAAUUAAAUCUAUUAUUAACAAACAUGUCAAAUAUGCACCAAGACAUUUUGAACUACUUCUCUAAAAAAUUAUAUAAUAAUUCUGAAAAAGAAAAUUAUAUAAUUGAAGGAAUAAUUUAUAAGACUAAAGAAAUAAUUCGUGCAAUGAACGAGAAUCAUAAAAGAAAGAUAGAUGUUUUAAAAGAGAAGGUCGACGCAAUAAUUGAAAAUCAAAAGAAAUUCGAAAGAAAAAUAGAAAUAAAUUAA